AUGCAACAGUUCUGCAGCUAUUCUGAGGGGAACUGGUGCUCAGUGAACUUCAGGAUAGGCGUGGGAAAGCUUCCAGAACUUCUGCAGAAGAUAAGGAAAGUUAAGAGCAGUACAUCCCCACCAAGCAGCACCUCAGUUGUGCCAAAGCCAACUGCCACCACCUCAUCAGUUGUUCCAAAGACUCCUAUCUUACCACAGAGGAGUCCUUUGACACCAGUGUCACCUGUUUCACCGGAAGACAACAAUGCAGAAGAGGUUUUGAAUUUUGGCACUGCCCAACUGGUGAAAAAAGAUGUCUUUCGGCAUGUUGGUUCCAAGUCUUCCCAUCUUGUAAACUACCUAUUGGAGGAAGGUUUUACAGACGAGGAACUUGGAACAUGCAGCUUGAAGGGUGCCAAGGGUCGCUGCAAGGAUUCAACUGACGUCAAGCCAGCCCUUGAUGGGGACAAGCUUGCAGACAUCAUAGCUUUCACCAAGUCGCAGUGGAAUGUUUCCGAAGACGAGAUUAAGAAGAUCAUCAGAAACAAGCUAAACAACUGCCACAAAAAAGCCAGGGGAUUGGAGAGACCUCCUUCCACCACUUAG